GGGAGUCUGGCCGCCAUGCCACCUCCUCUCCUUCUCUUCUUCCUCCUCUUCCUCACACCCGAGGGAGUCAGGCCCCACGAAACACUGCUGGUGGAGGCUAAAGAGGGAGGCAAAGUUGAGCUGCCAUGCUUCAAAGGUCCCUCAGAUGGUCGUCCUGAGCAGCAGGCCUGGUUUCAGAGGUCUCAGUCAGAGCUGGGCCACAGGUCCCAAGGCCUGGGCAUCCAGAAGGGGUCCCUGGGCGUCCAGCUGUUCGUCUUCAACGUCUCUGACCAGAUGGGGGGCUUCUACCUGUGCCAGCUGGGGCCCCCUUCCGAGCAGGCGUGGCAGUCUGGCUGGACAGUCAGCGUGGAAGGCAGUGGGGAGCUGUUCCGGUGGAAUGCUUCGGCCCUAAAUGACUCAGGCUGUGGGCUGGGGAACAGGUCCUCACAGGGCUCCAAGCCCUCUUCUGGUUACCCCACAAGCUCCCAGCUGUAUGUUUGGGCCAAAGACCACCCUGAGAUCUGGGAGAUAGACCCUGAAUGUGCCCCACCCAGGGGCAGUCUGAACCAGAGCCUCAACCAAGACCUCACCGUGGCCCCUGGCUCCACAUUCUGGCUGCCCUGUGAGGUGCCCCCUGCCUCCGUGGCCAGAGGCCCCAUCUCCUGGACCCACGUGCGCCCUAAGAAGCAUAACAUCUCCUUGCUGAGCUUAAACCUGAGGGAGGAUGACCCAGGCAGAGAGAUGUGGGUCCUGGGCACCCUCAGGGGAGGGGCUGUUCUGUUGCUGUCCCAGGCCACAGUUCGAGAUGCUGGCAUCUAUCGUUGUUACCACGGCAACGUGACCAUCAAGAUGCAGCUGAAGGUCAUUGCCCAGUCAGCAGUAAGGUAUUGGCUGCUAGAGACUGGUGGCUGGAAAGUCCCUGUUGUGCCAUUACUUUAUCUGAUCUUCUGCCUGGGUUCCCUGGUGAGCUUUCUUCAUCUUCGAAGAGCCCUGAUCCUCAGGAGGAAAAGAAAGCGAAUGACCGAUCCCACCAGAAGGUUCUUCAAAGUCACGCCCCCCCCGGGAAGCGGGACCCAGAAUCAGUAUGGGAACGUGCUCUCCCUUCCCACGCCCUCCUCUGGCACGGGACGCGCCCUGAGGUGGGCUGCAGGCCUGGGGACCGCCGUGCAGUCUUACGGAAGCCCGCGCAGCGACGUCCCGGAGCCCGGAGCCGCGGGGUCCCGGAGCCCGCCGCCGGCAGGCCCAGAAGAAGAAGGGGAGGCCUAUGAGGAGCCAGACGGUGAGGAGGGCUCCGAGUUCUACGAGAAUGACUCCAACCUUGGGCAGGACCAACUCUCCCAGGAUGGCAGCGGCUAUGAGAACCCUGAGAAUGGGGCCUUGGGUCCUGAGGAUGAAGACUCCUUCUCCAGCGCAGAGUCUUACGAGAAUGAGGAUGAAGAGCUGGCCCAGCCAGUCACCAGGACAGUAGACUUCCUGAGCCCCCAUGGGUCAGCCUGGGACCCCAGCAGGGAAGCAACCUCUCUUGGCUCCCAGUCGUACGAGGAUAUGAGAGGGAUCCUGUAUGCAGCCCCCCAGCUCCGCUCCAUCCGGGCCCAGCCUGGUCCCAACCAUGAGGAAGAUGCAGACUCCUAUGAGAACAUGGAUAUGGAUAAUCCCAAUGGGCCAGAACCAGCAUGGGGAAGAGGAGGCCACAUGGGCACCUGGAGCACUAGAUGAUUCCCUUCAGCCUGGGCCUCCUUAGGCCCCUGAGAUCCAUACCUGAUUCUGAAAUCUGGGACCCUGAGCAGACAGCAUCAACCUCUGGAGCGACGUUGCCUCGGAUGUGUGUGUGUGUGUGUGUGUGUGUGUGUACCAAUGAAACUUUGGCUCCCUUGCACUCCCCCAAUAAACUCAAUGACUUCUUCCGA